UCCUCCUCUCCCGUCGUCUUCGAAUUGGGGAUCUCGCGUCCCAACCAAGCCCCGCAGAAAAGCCACACGAACCCAACCCGCUCCAAACCUAGGGUUUCGCCGACCCGCCGUCUCGCAGGCCGCUCGCCGGCGCCGGCGCCUCCACCGCCGCCAUGUACAACGGCAUCGGGCUCCAGACCGCGCGCGGGUCCGGCACGAAUGGGUACGUGCAGACCAACAAGUUCUUCAUCCGCCCCCGGACCGACGGGGCCGCCAAGGCGCCGCUCCACAACUACGACCACGACCCCGACCGCCACAAGCUCGGCGGGAUGCGGCCGCCCAACAAGGAGAUCCUGGAGCACGACCGGAGGCGGCAGGUGGAGCUGCGGCUGGUCGAGCUGAGGGACACCCUCGAGGAGCAGGGCUACACCGAGGGCGAGAUCGAGGAGCGCGUCGAGGAGGCGCGCAAGGAGGCCGAGCUGGAGGCCGCCGCCGCUGCCGUGGUCGCGGAGGCGGGUGGUCGCGCGGGCGGCGGGGGGCCAGCAGCGCGUCCGGGCGAAGGGUUCACGGGCACACAGAGCCACCAUGUCGCAGCACGGAAGGAGAAGCAGCUUGAGACGCUGAGGGCUGCUCUUGGGCUAGAAGCUGAGGUUGGAGAGAAGAACGCUGAAGUAGACAGUGAUCCGGAGUCUGGGGAGCUUGUACCUGGGAAGGAGUCUGAAGAGAUGGAUGUUGAUGUUCAGAACGAUAGGAAGGCUUCAAAGGAUGGUAAGAAGCAUGCAAAGAAGGGAAAGAAGGAAAAAGGGAGUGAUAGGAAGAGUCAGAGCAGAAGUUUGAGGAAGAGUAAGCACGGGUAUGAUUCAGAAGAUGAUUCUGAGUCUGACCAUGAUGAGAUAAAGGGAAAGAAAUACAUAAAGAAAUCCUUCUUAGAUAGAGAUGUUGAUUCUAAGAUUGUUCAUAAGAAGGCAAAACAGGGAAAAGGCACACGCCAUGAUUCUGAGGCUGAUUCAGACAGUGAUCAUGGCAAGAAGGCAAAACACACGAAAAGCAAUCGUGAUGAGGGAAAGAAGGGGCCUGUGAAGAGCUCUCGUCAUGACUCUAAAGAUGAGAAGCCCAGAAGAAGCAAGUACAAGGAUGAUUCGUACAGUGACUCGGAGAGUGAUGUCUCGUACAGUGAUUCAGAGAGCGACUAUGAUCGAAAAAAGAAAAAAUCCUCCCACCACGGUUCUAAAGAUGAUAAACAGGCACCAAAAAGCAAAGAGAAGGAAGCCAGUUUGGUUAAGAAUGUUGAUAAGCGCAAGAGACAUGAUUCUGAUUCGGAUGGUUCUGCUCAUGAUAGGAAAAUACACCUUGAUGCAGCUGUUGCUAGGAAGGAUCAUUCCCGUGAUAAACCGACGAUUGACCCAAGCAGUGAUGAAUAUAAAAACAAAAGGCCUGUGAAGACUUCUCGCCAUGACUCUGAAGAUGAGAAGCCACACGGCAAGGUCCCUCGGAAGGAAAAGUAUGCCGAAUCAGAGACUGACUCAGAGAGGUAUACCAGUGAAAAGAAGAAGCCUGCAAAAUCCUCUGUCCAUGUUUCUAAAGUUGAUAAGGAAGCACCAAAACAUAGAGAGAAGGAAGGGAAGACUAGUAGUAAAAAUGUUGAUAAGCGCACGAGGCAUGAUUCUGAUUCUGAUUCUGAUUCGGAUGGAUGGCAAAGACACCCUGACACAAAGGUAAAAAAGAUUGUGGAAGAGAAAAAAAGGGUGAUUAGCUCAAGUGAGAGUUCAUUUUACAGCAGCAGCAGCAGUGAAUCAGAUGCGAGCGAUGAAAGCCGUGAGAACAGGAAAUCUGACAGAGGAUUGAAGAAUGGUAAUGGUCAGAACCAUGCUAAAAGGGCUUCUUACAAGAAUGAGUUAGAGGAAAGGAAAAAGGGUCAAGAUGGGAGAAGGAAGGAAGAGAGAAUGGAGCAGGAGAAACAAAAACAGAGGGAGGAAGAGAGGAAAGAGUUGGAGAAGCAAAAGCGUCUGGAGGAAGAGAGGAAAGAGUUGGAGAGGCAAAAACGUCUGGAGGGAGAGAGGAAGGAGCUGGAGAAGCAAAAGCAGAGGGCGAAGGAGGAAGAGACACUGAAAGAGAAGGAACAUGAGCGGAGGAAAGGCGGGCAUGGUGUGGAAAGGGACAGCAAAAGAAAGGUUGGAGAAGAUAGGUACGACCCAAAUUCAAACAGACUCAGCGAUGAUGAAAAUAGGGACCGAAAGACGCGUGAAGAUUAUGGUCGACAGAAAACUACAGAUUCAGAUAGGUAUGACCCAAAUUCAAACAGACAUAGUGAUGAUGAAAACAGGGACCGGAAGAGGCAUGAAGAGUACGGUCGACACAGAGCUAGAUUUUCAGAUAGCCAUGAUUCAAAGAGGUCUAGAUAUGAUGACUCUUAUAACCACUCGAGGAGGGAUUAUGAAGAGCGCUAUUCUAGAGAUGAGCACAGAGACAGGAGGCAUCGUUGAAUGCAGAAGUUAUCUUAAAAUGCAUCUCAUUUCUAUGAAGCGAAGUGCAGCGCUGGUACAUCUUGUUGAGCAAGGACAGUAACAUUGGCGCCAUUGAAGAAGGCUCGGUCGCCUAGCGCAAGAUUUUGGCCAUAUGUGUACUGCUAGUCGUCAUCCAGCAACGCUGUUUUGCUGCUGCGGGGAAGUUUUGUUUGCUCAUGUUUGUAUGGACUUUCUCCUCUCUGUUUUGUCAGUCUUGAGUAUGUAAUGUGGAGGUUAUAUUGUUACACCGGUGGCAUCAUGUUGCCCAGCAACAAUGUGGGAGAUGUAUCUAACCUAUGCUUUUUUGUUGUUGGAGAUGAUGAACCUUGCUAAA